AUGUAUUCAAUGCCAAGUAAUUAUUGUCCAAGUCCAAUUCGAUUAAUGCCAGCAUGUCCACUUGUUCCAACAAGUCCAAUGACUGGUGUUCAAACAUUUUAUAUAACAAUGCCAUCUGAUGCUGCUGCAGCCAUGUUUUUUGAUCCAAAUUUAGCUGCUGUUCAACAACAACAUCAAACAAUAAUGAUGCAACAUGCUGCACAUCAAACAUCAAUGUCACCAUUUCGUCAUCUACAACAACAUCAAAUGCUUGUUAGUAAUAAUAAUACAGAUUCAUCAAUUCAACAUCAUCCAUUUCAAACAACACCAUCAGCAUUUUUCAUGGCUGCAACAGCACCACCAGCAUCACCUGGUGGAGCAUUUUUUCAACAACAACUUGCUUCACCUUUACCAUUUUAUAUGCGUCCAAAUGGACAAACAAUAAAUCAAACACAAAUGAUGCCUGGUAAAAUGACAACAUCAUCAACAACAUUACCUGUAUCUGCUCCAUCGCCAUUAACAGUUAUAACAACAAGUACAACAACAACAUCAAAUGCUAGUUCACCACCACCAUCAUCAGCAACAAAUGCAACAACAGGAACAAAUUCAAGUGGUAAUGAAUUUGGAAUUAAUUCAGAUAAUUCAAAUACAAAACGACUUUCACCUAUUCCAUGUGCUCUACUUGAAGAUGAAACUAUUAUUAAACAAUCACGAUCAGUUACUAGUAAAGCUAUUGCUACAUUAACCGGUAAACUUACUGAUCUUCUUCGUGCAUGUACAUGGUCAUUGCCAAUACAAGAAGAAUUAAUGGAAUUAGUUUCAGUUGAUGAUGUUCCUCAUGAUAUUCUUAUAAAUGCAACAAAUUAUUUAACUGAUAUUGCAAUAUUUCUUGGUUUACGUUUAAUUAAAUUAAUGUUACCAGUUGAAGCUGUAGCUGAUGAAUUAUGGAAUGUUUUAUGGAAAAAUCGUGUUUGUUAUUUAGGAGCAGAUAUUCAUCAAACAUUAAUUGUACAUACAUUUGAAUGUUUUUCAAUAAAACCAGCAUAUGGUUAUGGUGAAUUACUUGAUGUACUAAUUGAUCGUUUAGGUGAUCCAUCAUUUGAUCGUAAAUUAAUGAAUCGUAUUGUACGAUUAUUUCUUAAAGCAUCUUGUUUAAAAAAAUUUCGUGAAACAUCUGAAGAUGUACUUGUUUCAUUAAGUGAAAAUAUAACAAAUAUACAUGAAUUUGAAAUGCGACAUAAUACAACUAUUGUUCGAUUAUUACUUAUAGAAGGAUUUCAUUUUGAAGCUGAAGAAUAUUCUGAAUUAAUUGUUGGCAAUGAUUCACUUGCUGAUUAUAUAAGAAAUUUUACAGAAAUUUGGUAUUCAAAUUAUAGUAUAACAAUGUGUAUGGAUGAUUUAAUGGUAGCUCGUGAACGUGCACAUGAUCCAUUUAAACUUGCACGAUUUUGUGAUGAAAUGGAAGCAUUUAGAUUAUAUACAGAAGUCGAAGCUAUGACACCAAUAUCAAUUCUUAAUUCACUUCAAACAGUUGUUAAUAUGUUAAGUAUUGUUCAUAAUGAACAUGAAUGGCAUAAUCGACCAUCGACUCAUAAUCCACGAUUAACUGUUCGUGCUAAACGUACAAUAAAAAAACCUUAUGGACAUGGAAAUUUAUUAUUACCACAAUAUCAUCAUAAUCGACAACAUAAUGAUUUUGAAGGAGAUUUCUAUGGCGAGUAUUAA